UCCCUUAAAACUCAAAAAUCAGUGGAUGCUUGAUUAUCAAAAACAAUGACAUUUAACAUGCAAAAUUUUUUCCUACACUGUUAGAAUGAAACCAAAAGAUAUAAUUGAUUAUAUAAAUAUACUUAUUUAUUGCAGGUGUGGCACCAGACACUGGCAACUCCGUCAGUGCCAGUUGCCAGACGGUGUGCACUACGUUUUCUCUCGCGCUCACUGGUGAUAGCAGAGCCGCCGCACCGCCGAACAUACAACCCGCAUUACAUUCACAAGUGUUCAAGGAGAAACAGUUUUAACAAGUGUAUUUUGAUCUCUUGGACGCCUUCUCGCAUUGAUUUCAGGUUGUCAUGGCCUGAUUUCUAUUUUCCUAUAAGAUUAACUCAACAUCAUUCAAGAUGGGAACAUCCUUGAAUUCCAGUGGACUUCGUUUGGAAGACCACAACAACCUCAAGUAUGCCAUCAGCCUGACCAGGGUUGGCCAAGAGCUCUUCUUACGAGUAUUCAAGUGGGGCUACAAAGGGAGAAGUGCCAGCAUAAAGAAUGCUAUUCUGGAACUACCAAGCUACACGAAAACAAGAUUCAGGAAAGAUUUCAACAACUCUCAGCGCGAGAAAAUUGAAAAUGGCGAUCUGUUGUCUAUGGAUAUAACGCUCCUGUACAAGUUACUCCAAAUGGUGUGCGGAUUGAGUGAACAGAGUGACAGCGUUUGGAUAAUGCCAGAGUCGGAUUCCCUGGAAUACUGCCUUUACUCGAUCAAAAUGAAGAGGAAUGAGAUGGCUCACGAUGGGAUGAUGCUCUCAUCGACGGAGCUGGACAGUAUGAUCGAGGAGUUGCGAGUACUGUUUCUAAACACGGUCGAUAAGGCUAGUGUUACUUACAAUGUGGACAGUGUGGAAAAGAACGAUUUAAUCCAUCUCAUUAACACUCGCUUAGAUGCCAUCAAAAACUCCCCAUUGCCCUUGCCAACGCUGGCAGAGCACAAGAAAGAGGUGUUUUUGAACUGCAGAACAUGCAUUAUCGACGAGGGUCGAAGAGAAAUGGUGAGCGUGAGUGAAAUCAUUUGCGAAACGAGUGUUGUGCCUUGUUUAACACAGCAGACGGUAAAUGUCAGUAACCUAUACACAGAACCGAAACUAAGACGAGACGAAAUGCAGAUUACCCAAAGACAACUGUCAGCUGAGGAAAGUUACGUCGGCAUCCAUGAACUAUUGGAAGCCAAGGAGUGUGACGGUUUCAUCCCAGACAUAAUUGUGAUAUCAGCUUUAAAUGGAAUGGGCAGAAGUACCCUUUUGAAAUAUGUCUUUGGUAAUGGACUGAACAAUGUUAUGAAAGGCACAGAAUGCAUUGAUUUGUAUCUCUAUCUUGAAUGUCGUAAAGUGAGUUUUUCUACUGUGGAAGAACUGACGUCGCUAUUGCUACCUCGCACGUCAUCUACGUUUCAGUCAGAGCAGUUUUCUGAGUGUUUCUUCUCAAUUGAUGUCCUUGUAAUGUUUGACGACGUCGACGAGCUCGAUUCCGAUUCAUUUCCAGUGUUUGAGAAGUUCGUAAGACUGAUAACACCCAGGUCGAGGGUUGUAGUGACAGCCUCACGAGAAAAAGCAAAGGAUGUCCAGAGGAAACUCUCAUCUCUACACAAGAGGACAAUGCUUCUAGAACUGGAGGGAAUAACAGAAAGUCAGACACUAAAACACCUUCAAAAAGUUCUGAGAACCAUUCCUGCCAAGAACCACAACCGUCAUGAGCAAGAACUCUAUGAACUUAUAAAGUCUAAGUAUCCCCAGUUACAGGAGCACCUGAGAUCUCCAGAGGUCCUGGGACUUGUAGCAUUUGGUUGGUGCUAUGCACCGGACCGUAUUAAUGAGACGACCACGGUGACUGAAAUAUUCCUACUUGUUGAAGAUCUCCUCGUCCAUAAAAUCUAUUUGGAUUUUUUAAGCUCUACUCUGCCCAGCAUGCACGAUCAUGGCACCUUAAACUCAAAUCUUUAUGAACUUUUGCUGACGAUCAGUAAUGUGGCCUUUGAUACCCUGAAGAAGGGACACUUUUGUGUUGAAUCAGAAAACCUUCAGAGGAUUGUCUCCAAAUGUUCAGAAUUGGAUCUCCCUGGUAGGGUCAUAUCCUUGUUUCUUAGCUACGUAGAGGAGAACACUAACUCCCUCGCCCCUGUACGCAAAGUGUCCUUCCCUCGACGAUCUACGUUACAGUAUUAUGCUGCUUGGUUUAUAACCCAACAAAUCAAGGAGGCUGAUCCUUCGACCUCCAUUAAAGAUAUCAUGCGUACAACUGAUUUCAGCAAUGUUUCCUUACCCAAUUAUCAAGCCAUGUUUAAGUACUUGGUGGGAAUGUUUGCAACUCUCAUUCCAUCUGAGCUGGAAUCUCGGGCAAAGGAAAUUGUUGAAAUUCUAAAGGAACUGCAAGUGAGUAAAGGAUCCUUAUGGUUACAGUAUAUAGAAGAAGCAAAAUUGGAGCCGACCAUAACUCUUGCAAUAUUGGAAGAAAUGGGAGAUGUUUGGGAAAUUGAAGAUUACUCUGUUUCUUUAACGCUCAAGAGUAUUUUGAAAUUGAAGAGGCCCUCCAUAUUAGUCCUGACAAUCUGCAAAAAUCCCUCAGACUUCCCCCAUCUAGAACAGGUUCUCGUGUCCUGCAGAGAGUAUCAGGAAAUUAAUAUUUCCCUUCACGUUUACCAACAUUUCUGGUCUGAGAAGACAGAAUUCUCUGAUCAUUAUCUGAGACUGCUGUUAGGAGGUAAUUCCCCGUGUAUACUAGAGCACUUCGCAGGUCGCUUGAGCGGGGAGGCCAUGCAACUCCUGCCAAACUCACUGAAACGAUUGGCGCUCCAUAUUACCCCAGACAUGAUUAGAUCUCUGAAUAUAUGUCUCAAGAAGUUGCCGAUGCUGCGGAUGCUGUAUAUCAAUCUCGAUAUUUCGGAAACAGUUGACCCUUCCUCUGUUGCGCCUCUCAAUACUGUAGGUGAAGCUGUAGUUUUAUCCGUUGAUAUUUGGAGAGUUCACGAUGGGAUAGUUGAGUGGUCCUGCGAUGUUGCAAAAGCACUGACAAAUUCUUAUGCUCGUUUAGUCCUCCGCCACAGUUCCCUUGAUGUUAACAGUUGCUUUAAAUGGUUGAGAGUUUUGCGGGAGAGGGCAAUAACAGCGUCUUGGAUAGUGGUGGGUUCCAUAUAUGAUGUUACGCAGGAAGAUGAGCGCCAGCUACAACAAUAUGCAGUGAAUGUAGGAUGCAGAAAGUUUGUGUGGUUGAAAAUAUAGUUUUAUGAUACAAAAAUCUGGCUAAUUAUUAAUUUGACCAACAUUUAUAGACAUGCUGGAUCAGCUUAUUGUAUCAAUUACUUUUUUUUUUUUUAGAGAAUUGACACUAGUAUUGUUUUUUCAUUUUGCAUUUGCAAAGAAGUGUUUGUUGAUAUAGAAAAUUAAUGACUAUGCUUGAAAACUUGCAUGAUUGACAUAAUGUUUCCAUGCUUGUUUAUAUAGUGAAAUUUAUUAUCCAUUUAUAAUAACUGUGAUAUGAUACAAUGUACCUGACAUAUUUUUAUACAGUUUAUUUUAAUGUUUGGCCAGUGGGUAUUGGCCUAGAGAGGAGAUUAAAACGUAUCUUCCCUCGUGUCAUAAAGUUUGAUGAAAUAUUUAGGCUUAUAGAGUUUGAAUGUGUUUAUGAUCAAGCGUUGAUAAUACUGCACCUGCCAAUUGAUUGAAAAUAUUCCUCAAUAAACCUGAUACCCUCACAGCAACUACUUUCCUUGUUCUCAGUAUGUGAUGUUUAGACUUUUAAGCCCUCUUAUUUGGCCAAAACUCACAUAAAUACGCUAUUCUGAAAUUUCAGAGUCAGGGAAGUCUUAAUAUCUUUACUUUCAUUUGAGUGUUGUCUACACCUUGAUUACUAUUUUGCUGUAACUUUGUGAUACCUCUGUCCCAGCACAUUAAUAUUACGUUAUGAAUUUUGUAUUCAGCUUUAAUAAUAGCUCUGUAUUAUCUGUGUAUAUUGUCGUAAUAAUUUGAUAAACAAGCAUACAAGCUAAUGUCUAACUUGAAGUGCUUGAUUGGGAUCAACUGUCUUAAAACUUGUUCUUAGUUUGUAUUUUUUCUUAUUUUGUUGGUUUCUUUUGUUGAUUGAUUGUAAUAUGUAUGGAAACAGCUUUGUAGGUUUUGGGUGGGUUACUGUUACUCUUUCCAGUAGAAGAGACCUCUGUAAGGCUGACGACUUGGCUCCCAUAGAAGGGCUCUGUUUUUUGUUUUAUAAUUAUUUCCUCUAGCUUCUGUUGGGGCGCCCAUCUAGAAACAAUGGCUCUUUUAUUUGACAGAUACUAUAUCACCUUAUGCAAUAUACCAUACAUGCACGCUAAUGGCACAUGUACAAUAUAUCUACUUAUUUACAUAUCUGUUUUUCGUGCAUACAUGCAUGUUAUGAAUGGGUUUCACGGCUUGUACUUAGGUCUGUUUUCAUUUAAUCCUCUCUCUAAAUCAUAUAUAUAUAUAUAUAUAUAUAU